UUGUGCUAUUGUUUCUAUGUGCCUCUUCUUUCAUUUGGUCAGAUAGUACCUUUUAGUGAAUUUAAAACCCAGGUUUUCCCAGAUGUGUAUGUAGCGGUGAAACUUCUUUCAAAGAUUAUAUUUUGGAGUGUGUUCAUGGAAUUCAGCAAUCAUUUUAUUUAUGCAUUUGCCUUAUUACACUCUACAUAUAUUCUCUCAGAUAUGUCACUACUAUCUCUAGCCGGCAUGGCAUAUUGGAUAAGUCAAUUGUUUACAGUGAAGUACAUCAUUCUGUGGUCAUUCACGUCUUUAGUUACUCAUUUUGAUCACAUUCAGACACCUCCUUUGCCCGGAUGUACUUCAAAGUUUUUUCAUGUGUCUUCAGUCUGG